GGCAAAGUAGGAGUCGAAACCGGUCUCGUACGGUUCUGGUUCCGUCUCGGCGAUCACACGUGUCCGCCGUUCAGUCCCAUUAUUAGCCGCGAUCCCGUCGCGGACACAACGCGGACCAUCGUCGUCGUCGUCGUCGUCGUCGUCGUCGCCGACCACUUCGACGAGCAUCGCGCGUAUUACGAUCAACAGCAAUACCGUUUCGGUCGUAAAAGUUUUCUCGCGAGAGGUGUAACGCGAACAAGUUCAUUUCGAUUAUCUGUCGUCCGUUUCGUCCUUCCCCACCGUCCGCGUGGGACAACAUAUCGAUCGAAUCGAACACACGAAUUCCCCUCGCUCUGGUACCGCGCGACAUCGAUCAAAGAUCGACCGUCGCGCGUCCGUCGUUAUCACUAUCGUUUUUCUCACAUCACCGUUCCGAUCAGCCGUCCGUUUUCCGCAGACCCGCGUUCCGACCGGGGAUCGUCCGGCUCACCGGUUCCCCGUCGGCGCGAUGCUCCGGCCGCGCGAUUCGCCGACAAUCGGUCGCGCACAACGCGUCUCCGUCGGCCCGACCGCGGUCCAGUCGUACGUCGCGCGUCCAACGAUGACGACCGACGGCGAGCGGCCGACAUGAACACCGGAUCCGGUCACGGCGCCCAUGGGCCAUCGUCAUUGCCGAACUGGUGGCCCGUCGACCCGCGUCACUCCACUUCGACCGCAUCGGAUGUCAUGAGUCAGCUGUGUCGAGUUUGCGGAGAACCUGCCGCCGGAUUUCAUUUCGGUGCGUUUACUUGUGAAGGAUGCAAGUCGUUUUUCGGCCGGACCUACAACAACCUGGGCUCGAUAUCCGAGUGCAAGAACAACGGCGAGUGCGUGAUCAACAAGAAGAACCGGACGUCGUGCAAGGCGUGCCGGUUGCGCAAGUGCCUGGUGGUGGGCAUGUCCAAGAGCGGGUCCAGGUACGGACGGCGGUCCAACUGGUUCAAGAUCCAUUGCCUGCUCCAGGAACAGCAGCACCACCAGCAGCACCGGAGCCAGCAGCACCAGCAGCAGCACCAGCAGCUGCAGCAUCGAUCGGUCGGCGUCGGGUUGCACUUCCAGCAGCACUCGGUAGCGGGCAGGACGCCGCCGCUGCCACUGCCGCCAUCGCUGCCACCACCGCCGCCGCCAUCGUGGGCGGACGUCAAACACCACAUGCGCCUGGACGCGGACAACAACAACUCGGUGGCCGGCGACCUGAACAAGCAGCAGGACUACGGUGUGGUCGGCACCGGCGGCCGGCUGUCCGCGUCCGCUGCCGCCGCGGCCGCGGCCGUCGUGCAGGCCGUCCGACCGGAACUGCUGCGGUGGCCGUCGCCGUUCUUCCCGGCGUUCCCGUUCCCGCCGCCCGCGCCGUUCUUCAUGGCGGCCAUGCAGCCGGCGCCGCAUCACGGGACCCGGUCGCCGCCGACCGACAGCCCGGCGUCCCGAUCGUCGUCGUCCUCGUGCACCGACGACCACGACAGACUCGCCCGGUCGCGGUCUCCCGCGGAACGAGUAGCGGUGCGCCGCGAUCUGCUGCCCGUCCAGGAGUCGCCCAUGGACCUGUCCGUGUCCUCCGCCGCCGCGCCACCGUCACCGUCGCCGUCACCGUCCUCGUCGCCGUCGAUCGACGAAAACGGCGUGGGUCGAAGCCGGUCCCAGUUGGCGGCCGACCGGACGUCCGGUUCCGGCGACCCGGACGUUUCCGAAUCCGAAUCCGAUUCGGAAGGGUCGGCGGCGGUCGGCGACGGCGAGCGGACCGCGAAAAACUUGCCCUUGGACCUGACGUACGACCAGCGCGCAUGACGCCGAUCCAUCAUUUCUCUCUCUCUCCCUUCGCCGACCGUGACACCGAUGUCCCGUGAAAACGUGCGAAAACUCAAUGUACAUCAAUUGUAAUUAAAACAAAAAAAAAAAACAUGUACACAGCAUGAUAAUAUACAGUCUAACGGACUCGUUUCGUAUUCA